GAAACAUUGAAAUAAUGCGCGAGUGUAUCAAACGCAGUGUUCACGCGGGAACUGAUUAAUAACACACAACAAAGCGCAGACAGCACACACACGGGUCACUUUAGUGUUUAAACUCUAGAUUGUGGGUCAAGGCGCAAAGUGAGCUCAGAACUGAGCAGAGAGCGCGCAAGGAACGGGACGGGUCCAGACGUUACCGACAGAACCAGAGCAACCUCCGCCGCAGCUGUACCGGAGCGGAGCGGCCCGACAUGGACGAGCAGCCGCGCCUGAUGCAUGCUCAUGCGGCCGUGGGGAUGAGCGGACACCCCGGGCUGUCUCAGCACAUACCGGAGAACACCGGAGCGACGGACGGCGACGGCAGAAAGCAGGACAUCGGAGACAUUUUACAGCAGAUCAUGACCAUCACAGACCAGAGCCUGGACGAGGCGCAGGCCAGGAAACAUGCACUAAACUGCCACAGAAUGAAACCGGCGCUCUUUAACGUCCUGUGUGAAAUCAAAGAGAAAACAGUGUUGAGUAUUCGUGGCGCCCAGGAGGAGGAGCCUCCCGAUGCCCAGCUGAUGCGAUUGGACAACAUGCUGCUGGCGGAGGGCGUGUCCGGGCCGGAGAAAGGGGGCGGGUCUGCAGCAGCAGCAGCCGCAGCGGCAGCGUCCAGUGGAAUUGGAGCCGAUAAUUCAGCAGAACACUCCGAUUACAGAGCCAAACUCUCUCAAAUCCGUCAGAUCUACCACACAGAGCUGGAAAAAUAUGAACAAGCGUGUAACGAGUUCACAACUCAUGUUAUGAACCUGCUGAGAGAGCAGUCUCGCACACGGCCCAUCUCGCCCAAAGAGAUAGAGCGCAUGGUGAACAUCAUCCACCGCAAGUUCAGCUCCAUUCAGAUGCAGCUGAAGCAGAGUACCUGCGAAGCCGUCAUGAUCCUGCGAUCUCGCUUCCUUGACGCCAGGAGAAAAAGACGAAACUUCAAUAAACAGGCCACAGAGAUCCUGAACGAAUAUUUUUACUCUCAUCUCAGUAACCCGUAUCCUAGUGAGGAGGCUAAAGAGGAACUAGCCAAGAAAUGCUCCAUCACAGUCUCACAGGUGUCCAACUGGUUUGGAAACAAACGAAUCCGAUAUAAGAAGAACAUCGGAAAGUUCCAGGAAGAAGCCAACAUGUACGCCGCCCGAACGGCCGUCAACGCUGCGAGCGUGUCGGCACAUGGCAGCCAGGCCAAUUCCCCGUCUACUCCAAACUCAGCAGGUUCUGCUGGUUCUUUUAACAUGUCAAACUCUGGCGAUUUAUUCAUGAGUGUUCAGUCUUUGAAUGGGGACUCGUACCAAGGCUCUCAGGUGGGAGCCAAUGUGCAGUCACAGGUGGAUACCCUUCGCCAUGUUAUCAGCCAGACAGGAGGAUACAGUGACGGCCUCGCGGCAAACCAGCUGUACAGUCCACAGGGCAUCAAUGCGAACGGUGGCUGGCAGGACCCCACCACCCCCUCCUCCGUCACGUCCCCCACAGAAGGACCAGGAAGCGUUCACUCUGACACCUCCAACUGAUCUCAGAAAGGACUCUCUCCAUCACGCCAGACAGACUAAACGCACCUCACGCUUUACAGUUCAUUGAACACACACAUGCACAUGCUCUUCUCUCCAGUGUGUAAAUUAAAACACAAAAGCUUAUAUUCAUCUUCACAAUAAUGUUUCCAUGCUACCUCUCAGACAUAUAGACGUGACAUUAAGAAACAAAUAGUGACAACAAAUGGAACAAGAGUUUUAGAAUAGAUAGUUCUAUACAUCAGCCCUGUUACAGAAGUGAUCAUUCAAUGUCUUCAUUAGCAGAAGAAACAUUACGUUAUGUUUGAAGCAUUUUGCAAUUUUACCAUAGUGCCAAAGUACUUUUAUACGUAAACAUUUUUCAGUCACAUUACACAUCUUUUACAUUUUUACUUUAUAUGUAUUAUAGGCUUAUUGUGCUUUAUGAAAAACAAUUGAUUGGGUUUACACUGCCUCACAACUUAAAUGAACCUUUGAAUUGCGAAUUGCAAAUAAUAGAAGGUUAUAAUUUCGCAAUGCAGCUUAUAAAGUUUAAUAAGAUUUGGUGUGCCAAUUUGCAUAUUAUUGUUUUGCAUCAUAAAUGAAUUCUAAUAUGGAUUAGAGGUCGACCGAUAGUAGAUUUUGCCGAUACGAUAACUAAAGUGGUGGGAAAGGCCGAUAACUGAUUAAUCGGCCGAUAGUUUUUCAAAUUAAUUUAAAGAAUUAAAAAAAAAUGCUAUUCUUUAUUUACUAUGGUAGGCAAAGACAAAGAGUCCAAAAUGAAUAAAAUCACAGAUGCAGUUUUUGGUUCAACCAAAGAUCAAGAUUUUUGUCGAUAACCGGUAGUUCCAAAAAGCAACUAUCGGUACCGAUUAAUUGGUAAAACAGAUAUAUCGUCUACCUCUAAUA